GAUGUAAGCUAAUUCAACUCGUUACCAACACUAUUUUUCCCCAUCUUUAUUUCCCGAAAGAUUUGCUUCGGUGCGAAAAUGAUGAUAAUGGCGGCAUCGCAUGAGCUUAUUUUGAUAUACACGCUCCUCCUUGCCGGGGCUGUCUCCGCAGUGACCACGCUGUUGUGGAGAGUCCUGAAGUGGCGUACCAUCCCGCUCCCACCUAGCCCCCGCGCCCUGCCGGUUGUGGGCCACUUCCACCUCCUAGGCCCGCUCAUCCAUCGCUCCUUCUCCAGCCUGAGUUCCAAGUACGGCCCAUUGAUCUACCUCCGGCUUGGCUCCAUCCCUUGCGUUGUGGCCUCGACCCCUGAACUGGCCAGGGAGCUGCUGAAGACAAACGAGCUUAAGUUUUCAGCCCGGAAACACACCGCGGCCAUUGACCUCCUCACAUACAACUCCUCCUUCGCCUUUGCACCCUAUGAGGCCUACUGGAAGUUCAUCAAAAGGUUGAGCCAGACUGAGCUCCUCGGUCCACGGACCCUGGGCCAGUUCCUCCCGAUACGUUCGCAGGAACUGCGCUACUUCCUCGGUCUCGUUUACGACAAAUGCCAAACAGGUGAGAGCAUCAAUCUCACUCAAGAACUCUUGAAGCUAACCAACAACAUCAUUUCCCAGAUGAUGUUGAGCAUCAGGUGUUCGGGGACCGACAGUCAGGCAGAUGCGUGUAGGAGCGUCAUCCGAGAGGUGACCGAGAUAUUCGGGGCGUUCAACGUGUCCGACUUCAUCUGGUUCUGCAAGAACAUGGACUUCCAGGGGUUCCGGAAGAAGUUCGAGGACAUCCAUAGGAGGUAUGACAGCAUCCUUGAGAACAUCAUCGAAACCCGAGAGCAAUCUCGGAAGAAGAAGAGAAAGGAAGGGGGGCUCGGCCAGGAAGAAAAGAUCAAGGAUUUUCUUGACAUGAUGCUCGAUGUUUUCGAAGACCCUAAUUCGGAGAUGAAGCUGACGAGAAACAAUAUUAAGGCGUUGGUCUUGGAUUUCUUCACGGCAGCAACGGACACCACGGCUAUUGCAUUGGAGUGGUCCCUAGCGGAGCUCAUGAACCAUCCGGCGGUUCUGGAGAAAGCAAAACAGGAGAUCAAGAAGGCUGUCGGAACCACCAGGUUGCUCCAGGAGUCUGACAUCCCUAACCUGCCAUACAUUCAGGCAAUCAUUAAGGAGACCUUCCGUCUCCACCCUCCCAUCCCGAUGGUCUCGAGGAAGUCCAUCGAAGAGGCCGUUAUUGAGGGAUACAGGAUUCCCGCGCACUCGUUGUUGUUCAUCAACAUCUGGGCCAUUGGGAGAGACCCGAAGGUCUGGGACCGGCCCAUGGAAUACGAACCGGAGAGGUUCCUGGGGAAGAGCGAGAGUGAAGCCAUGGACAUCAAGGGCCACAACUACGAGCUGCUCCCAUUCGGAUCUGGCCGAAGGGGUUGCCCUGGAAUUUCACUGGCCAUGCUGGAGCUCCCGGUUACACUUGGAGCUAUGAUCCAAUGCUUUGAUUGGAAGGCCUGCAGCCCCAAAGGAGAAAUCCUGCAGAAGGCCGACAUGUCCGAACGGCCCGGCUUGACAGCCCCCAGGGCCUAUGAUCUUAUCUGCCUGCCAACACCCCGCCUGGAUGUGCCCCGUAUCCUGUAUGCUAAAUAAGCCCCGGGGCGCCGUGAUCAUCGCCUGCACUCCGCAUCCAAGUGACAACAUACCAAAUAAACAGAAUGGUCGUGCCAAUUGACAGUGGCAUAUGCGCCAAAUUAGGUGGAAGUCGAGCAAAGCUGAUAGAAAUUUGUAUGGAAGAUGAUGCAGACACAGAGCUGUACUUGCGCGAUGUGCAUGUUUACGGACGAUUGUGCUUGGGUGGUCUUGUGUUAUAGCGUUUUGGCUGUGUUGGGUUUACUCAUGUUAUUGCUUUCCUACAAGUAACAUUAAUAUCGCCCUUCCACUUCAAUUGAACGGGUCAAAUCGAUCACUGCAUCUCAUUCAUAACA